UUAUGAUUUGGCAAAGAUUUUAGACUUAAGCUAAAUAUCGUCUAAAAAAAAGAAAGGAACUAUCUGAAUGAAGCUUAUAAUAUAACAUGAGUACUCCGUCCAUAGUAAAGAUUAUAAUUGUUUAUUAACACGACGAUUAAAUUGCAACAUUACUUAUGGAAGACAUUUUAAAACAGCUUUUGUCAGAUGUGUCAUCAACGAAGCAUACAAACAUCAAGCAAGCAUGCAAAACAGCAUUAGAUAUUCUUAGCAAUAAGGAUGAAGUUUCAAAGACUCCGGCACAUAUACUGAGAGAAAAAUGUCUAGAACCUUUCCAGUUAGCAAUUGAAUCCAAAUCUAAGAAAUUAGGCACACAUUCUUUACAUGGCAUUCAGAAAAUGUUGGAAGAUGAACGUUUUUGCUCUAGUAUUGAAACUGAGAGUGAAGAAUACUGGAUGCCAAUACAAGUAUUAAAUGCAGUAUUUUGUACACCAACAUUAUCAGAAGAAGUACAAGUAGAAGUUGUAAAGGUACUUUUGAACAUGACGUUUUCUGUCUCAUGGUGUAUGACAGGUGGAGUUAUAACUAGAAUUGCUCAGGUGUAUAUAGAUACAUUCAUGACCAGCUCUCAUAGUGUGAAGGGGGCUGUAGUAGCUGCCCUAACACAAGUGUUGGGUAGUUAUACAGACAAGUUUACACCAGUCAAGGGGGGAGAAGAAAUUAGUAGUGUGAUGGAUGAUUUUAAUAGUGAAGCAAACAGUUUAUCUGAAGCCAGCUAUAAAGAAAUAGUAGCUGUUCUGAGAUUUUUUACAUCAAAGCUUGAACAAGCAUCAACUACAACAACACAGAUCAGAAACUCAGCUCCAUUGUUACUGGAGGGAAUAUAUACCAUACUAACAAAGAUACCACAUGAUAUCAGAUGUUACCAACCUUUCCAGGAAAUAUUAUGGAAAAGUUUAUGUCCUUCCUUGAUAUGUUUACUUGGAAACCCUAAAAUGGAAAAAAGUGCCCCAUCUCCUAAGAGCACACCUGUUGAGGAUAUAGGAAGAGGAUCAGGAUGUUCAUCAUCAGCACCUAACUUACAUUUAUCAACAGCUAAAACAAUAUACAGCAUUGCUUUAUCGUUGGUGGAUUUAAUGGGCAGAACAGAGUCUAUGAGACCAGUAUUAGAGUCUGUGUUCCAUAGGAUGAUGUUAUACCCACCACCACAACAUAGGCUGGAUGCUCUGAAAGCUGUUAGAGAAACACUGAAAAGUCCAGGAGGUAUUUUUGGUCUUGCAUUACCUACAGAGGAUAUAAAUAAGAAAUCUAUUACCAAAAAUCCAUUUACAGAUGUAUCUUUGAUUAAACUAAUUGUGGACUCCAUACAGGAAAGUUGUCAUUGUAAUGAUACACAGGUGUGUAUUACAAGUGUAGCAUGUAUCAAUGAUAUGUUGGGAUCAUUAGAACAGAUCAGCCGUGGUGUGGGUGUCACAGACUUAAUAAGCCAGUGUAUUAACCAGCUUUUUGUCUUAUUAGGUACAGAAAGUAAUGAAACUACAAGGCACAGAAGUUCAGUGUCAGAGGAAAAUAUUGAGAGCCAAGAAGCUUCAAUCACUAUUGAUCCAGGGGAGACUAGGAGAAAUUCACACAGCCCUCAACGUAGGCAGACAGUUGAACAACAGAUUAUCCUACAAGAGGAGGUAGAGAGGAGGUACACAAAGUUUGGUAAUCAGUAUGAAGUCACGGAACGACAGAAUGCUGGCUUUUACAUUGAUGCAUUAUGUAAAUUGUUACCAGAAUUGAUGGAGAUGUACUCAGAACAAGAUGUAGACGAAGCUUUACAGAAAUUCUCAUCCAAAUUUUGUACUGAAUUAUUUAAAAACCAAACAGAAUUUGAUAGCAGUAUAGGUCACAUGACAGUACUGAAUGCAGAUAGCGUUUAUGUGAUCACCAUGACAACAUUAUUGCUGAACAUGAAGUUAUCAACAGAGGGAUAUUAUGAAAGUGAAAACAAAGAUAAAGUUAGCAUAACAGAGAAAGACUAUUUAGAUGACAUUUUUGGGUGUGGUUUGAUGCUGUUUGUUUCUCCAGCUUGGCUGAGUGAGGUUUAUAGCCAAACAAUAUCAAAUGAUUUCCUUAAGCAGUGUGGAUGUUUCAGUAAACCAGAAUCUCCUUUACUAUCUAUCAUAAAAGAUAUAGAUGGCCUUGGGAAUCAUGAUAAGGGAGGACAACUCUUGACAAAGGUGCAGAAAUAUGAUAUGACAACUGAACCCUCAUCAGAAAAUAUAAAGCAUGUUGAAAUGGGGAGAAAAUUUUGUAAGAGAAUCUUGUCCAGAUGUUGGGAUAGUAUUUUGGAUGUAUUGUCAGUUCUUUUGAAUGGAAAGAAUUCCUGUGGCAUUACAAGCAGUAUAGCAUUAAUGCUAGGAACUGAGGGAGCUAAGGAAGAAAGCAUUAGAGCCAGAGAAGCAAUUUGUAUGAGUUUAGAAGGUUUACAGAAGGCAGCAAGACUUUGUUGCUUAUUAGGAAUGCCACAGAGAUGUGGAAAUGUGUUCUCCCAUUUGGCAACAACAUCUUGUGUGAUGUUACAUACUCCUAAAAGUCCAAUCCUUGAGAGAAAACUACCAAGUAAACCAUCAGUCAACAGUAAAGUAAAGCCAGUAAAACUUCAUGCUUCACAUGUACUUAGUAUGGAUGUACUGAUGACAACAGGUCUAGAGAUGGGAGGUCACUCUGCUGAUUGUUGGAAACACUUAUUUAGGUGUACAGCAUUUAUAUCGGAAUUAGAACACACUUAUUUCAGCCAGGGAAACAACCAAUCAAAUCUGCCAAAAUUACAACAAGGACAACCAAAUAUGGACACAGUUAAUGAUGAUGAUGAGUUUUAUGGUAUGCCAGUAACAGCAGCCACACCUGUAGCUCCUAGAAUUAACAUUCCUGAGUUGAUAAAUCAGAGUAAAAUAGAGUCGGCUUGGGAGAGGUCACUUACUGGAGGGGGAAUGUUGAAUGCUGUACAAGCUUCACAAGCAUUAUGUGGACUUUCUCAGCAAGUUGACAGGUUGUUUGAAGAAGCAGCAGAGAAGUUAAACAUGUCUGCAUUGUUGGAGUUCCUAUCAAAGCUAUGUGAAUCAAGUCAAGAUCAGCUUCAUCAAAUGUUAAUGGAUGAGGAAGAUAAUGAAGAGUCGGUGGAACAGCAACAAUUACCCCAGAAUGCAUUGCAUUUAUAUAGACUACAGGAAGUUCUGAUGAAGAUAGUAAAUAGCAACCGUCCUUUACUACAUCAGAUGAGAGUUUGGUGUGUAGUGUCAGGAUUUCUUGUUGAGGCUGCUGGACACAGAGUGAGGAAUGUAUCAAAAAUGGCCGUGACGUGUGUUCAUGACUUCAUACAGGCUAUGAUCAGUAAUCACCAAGAACUACCACACUUCCAUAUCAAUGAAUUUCUAUGUAAAACAUUUGAGAAUAUGUUAUGUCUAGAACUGUGUGAUGGUGAUGUUCAAGAUCAGGUUGUAUGUUCUGUUUGUGAAUUGGUAGAAGCAUGUACUGCAGACUUAAAGUCUGGCUGGAGACCAUUAUUUGGUGCUUUGAGAGCUGUUAAGAUAGAACAUAGUCCUGAUGAAGAAAUUAAUGAAGUACGUCAGAGACAUGUAGCUGCUGUAUUAGAUGUGUUUGAAGUUUUCCUCAACACUGACAAUAUAUUUGUGUUUGCCAAUGCUACUGUGGACUGUAUACUAUGCCUACUGAAGUAUGUCAGAGGACCAGGUGACUUUGAUAAUGAUGAUUCCGAUGACGAUGACAGUGAUUCAGGAAGUGACUUCACUAUGAUAACCCAAGGUGAAAGUUUGUGUAUACCAGCUCUGGGUUACCUUAAAAAAUGUAAUAACAUACUACAGACAAUGUGGAAGAUGCCUGCAUGUCCUGUCUUUAAUGGUGCACAUAGAAUAAACUCACAUACCUCAAAUCAGUUUGUUGAUCCAGUACUGCCAAAUAUUAAUAUAGAAGACUUCAAAAGACAGUUUACCCAGAAUUCACAGUUAAGAAAGGAAGAUAACUUUUGUGUCAACAAUAAGGACCUUCAGAAGCUUCAAGAAGAUGAGGAAAAGGAUUGCACUAGUCUGGAUUCUGUUGAUUCGGGAAUUACAUUAAAUUCUGAUAAUCAGAAGAAUGAAUCUGAGAUCUCAAUUGCAAAUGAUGCAAGUAAUGUUGUUAACAAACAGAAUACUCCUGAUGCAGUAAAUACAGAAAAUAACCUGACAAAUAGUCCAUUAAAUACAAACCCAGCUGCCAACCAGGGUCUUGCUAAUGUCUUGACAAAACAACAAAUUGAGCAAUCUCCAGUAAAUGUACAGAAAACCAAGAAAGAAAGUAGAAACUGUGAGAUACGAGGGGAUGAAUCUCUUGAAUCAUUAGAUAAUGAGUCUGGUAUAUUACAUGUAUGGUUUCUGAUGAUUGAUGGAUUAGCUGGGUCAGUAGCCUGUUGUCCAAAGACGUAUCAGCCAGAAACAUUAGAUAUGUUGUUUGAUUUAUUGAGAUCAUUACAUGAUAUCCCAGGUCCUUUCUAUUCUUACUAUUGUGUAAACCAUCUUCUGCUACCCAUGCUACAGUCAUGGUUAAGAUGUGGAGUAAGGAAGGCAGGAUACUGGGAAUCAGGAGCAACUAAUUUUAAACAAUGUUGUGGGUUGACUGCUGAUUUGAUAGUAGAUUUUGUAGUAACUACAAAAGACAAUGAUGAAACCAGUAUGUGUUUACGUGAAUUAAUGCUGAAACAGUUGUUGGAUAUAUUAACAGAAUGUGUAGCACAGCCAGUAGAGAUCAUUUCUAGACUAGGAUGUUCUUGUAUAAGGCAUGUAUUUUUGAGUGCUGGUGAAUCAUUCACAGAAGAGAUGUGGCAGAUAAGUGCCAUAGCUAUGGAAAAAGCUCUUGAUGUCACAACUUAUUACCUACAGGAACUCAUGUUUCUUUUCAAUGUCAACUCAGAGAAUUUCUAUGGUGACCUUGGUCAAGUUAAGGUUGCAAUGAGAAAGGACAGUACACCAACUGAAUGUGAAAGACUAAGACAUCUAGCUCAGCAGGUAUUUUUAUUGGACACCCAGAUAAAGAGAGAUGUUGAUCCUGACUCAGAGAGUGAAGCAGACAAGUCCUUUGUAUUUUUGCUGUAUAAACCUGGAGAUGAAAACAGUCUUAAUCCUGAUGAUAUUGUUACCAGGAUUCCAUUCAGGAAUAUUGUUAUAGGAUUACUGUCAAAUCAGCUACUGUUACAGACUGUUGGAAGCAUUUUACUUUGUGCAGAAAACACAUCUGGACGCAAGGCUAAUGAGAAUUAUAAAGGUCUGCUGCCAAGUUUAUCCAUACGUAAUAUUAUCAAAUUUCUGCAGUGUUUACGACAGUCAUAUAAGCUUGCUGCAGAAUUUGAUUCUCGCCCUGGACUAAAGUUUCUGAUACAGAAAGUAGCUCGGACAGAAGUGGCAGUUAAUCUAUACAAACAGGCAGGGGCAUCAAUGGUCUUCUAUCUACACACAUUGCUACAGAUUUGUAUUACUAUACCAGAUCUGAGUAGUAACCACAUAAAAUGUAUCACUGGUGCUGAGCAGGUUCUUAAGGAUGUCAAUCAGUUAGAAUCAGAAUACUUGACAAAUCAAAGCAAGAUGGAGUCAUGUCCAACAUUAUUUCUGCAAUUACUGAGGAGCGUCUGUGAUGAAUUAUGUCACACCUACGUAGAUAUUCUGUCAGAUGAGACGUCUGUUCGUGUCGACCAAAUGUCAGAACAACAAGUUUUUUUCAUCAUAGCACAACCUGAUGACUUCUCAACAAAUUUUGUAAAAAACAAAAAGAAGUCCCGAUCAGAAUCAGAGACGUCACAAGAUUGUAUAGUCACCACUAAAGAUGUGACAUUACAGGAGAUCUGUGAGACUACAGAUGUUUUCUCUGAAGAGAUGAAAGAUGACAGCUCUGACACUGUCUCUGUUAUGUCAAAAAAUGCCACAAAGAGUAAACGAGAAAUACGGGAAGAACAUGAGAGUAAAGUAUACACUUUAGCUACUGAUACACUCAUCAAAUCACUAAUGACAGAGUAUAAAAAACGUAAACAGCAUCACGCCAUGCCAGCAUUUAUCAAAAUAUCUAAGGAAAAAAAGCCAAAACCAAUCCUAAAAAGGACUGAAAGUGUGGAUGAGUCAAUUGCUAAGCAGAGGAAAUCAUCUAUAAUGAAGGACAGUGAGGCUAGAAUUCAGUCUUGGACAGAGUUACUUUGUACUACUUUAGGACUGUUCCAGCAACAACCAGAUGUCAAAUUCAGACUUCUUCAACCUGCAAUAUUUUACUGUGUAAAUCAGUUAGUAUGUCAUGCAGAAGACAGGCGUCUACGUGAAGCAUUGGGACAAUGGGUACAUCGUAUUGGUGUAAUGAUUGACUGUAUAACAUGAUAUCAAUAGGGUCUAGAGUCAAGAUAAAAGGAGAAGGCAUGAUGAGACCACAUUUUUGGUCUCUUGAAUUCAAAAAUCGAAAAGUAUUAUUAAUUUAUCUGACACCAUACAUUAGGUGUUCAUUAGACAGUCUGUCAGAUGUCAGUAUAUUUUUAUUUUAAUUUUGUUUUGAAUAUUUGUUCAGGGCUUUUGAAGGAAAAUCGUUUAUUGAUUUGGGGAUGUCAGGCGGGUGGCUGGCUGCCAAACAGUGUCCGUUUAUUAACAUGAAAACACUUUGAUGAAAUUUUUUUAAGAUUUCUUAUCAUUAAUAUACAGAUAUGAGCCAUAGCCUUCCCAAAAAGAUAUUUUGCUACAAGAUGUCUAUGCUAGGAUGUUUAUGUCUGUAAAUUAUCUUUUUGUGUAAGGAUUUGGCUCAUAUCUAAUAUUUCCAAAAAACUAUGUGUAAAAUAGCCUUUUUAGGUCAACUAUUUCAAUUUCCACAAGUUUAUAAAAAAAGUGUCAACACAACUGACCUUUCUGUACUAAGGUUUCCAGAUAAAACUAUCCAAUUGGUUUAUCAAUAAUAUUAACCUACUUUAAAAGGAUUGAAGAAUUUGAAAAUUAUAGCAAUUUCAGACGCCAGAUAAAGGCUCUUAUUAUGCCUCCUCCUUAGUUUAAGUACUACGUAGAAAAUGCAAUGCUGUAAAAGUCUAGGAAAUUUUUCAUAAUGAGAUUUAUUUUUAUUUUGUAUAUAUUAGAUUUAUUUUCUUAAGAAAACAUUCUGUUCUACAUUCCUUAACAUAGUUGCUAUAUAACACAAGGCAUGGUUGAGAUUAUUUUUAUGGCCCCGCCACAGAAAGGUCGGGGCCAUAUAAUUUACCUGUAUAUGUCAUUCUGUCAUUCUGCAAUGAACAGUUAUACAGACUUUUUUCUAAACGCCUUCACAUAGUAAGCGGAUUUUUAGUAAGUGAGUCUACUAUGACGAGUUACAGAUAGUGUUUAAGUUUGGUUUAGCUCUGCUAUUUUUUUGCCCAAAUUACGGGUUUUUGGACUUUGAAAAUUUGGUGAAAAUAACAGUUAUACCAACUUUUUAUCUAAACGCCUUCAAAUGUUAUGCUGAUUUUUAAUAUGUGAGUCCACUAUGAUGAGUUACAGAAUGAGUAUAUGUUUGGUUCUGUUUCACUGAUUUUUGUCGAAAUUACGGUCUUUGGACUUUGAAAAUUUGCAAGUGGUUAAUUAAUGUUUUCCAACACAUUUAGUUUACUCUUUGUCUUACAGGGUCAUUUAAGCUGCUUCUAUCCAUUAACAUGUGAUUAAAAGCAGUGUUUGUUGUAAGGUAUUUAAUGAUAGUUGCCUGAAUAAACGACUAUAGCAUGUCACCACUACAGGUGUAAGUUCAUGUCUUCUCUUAAAAUUUUACAAAGGAGAUGGUAAUAUUUGGGUUCAAGUUGGCAAUGGAAGCAAGAAAAAAUAGUUUUUCUCCAAUUUUCAGAAUUAAAUGUUGAAUCUAUGCACUUUUAAAUGAAAUUGCAUUUAUUGUUUAAAAUUGGUCUUUGAAUCUUUUAAUGGGUCAUUCAGACAUGAGAUGGUAGUUAGAUUAGUAAAAAAUUAACAGGCCAAAUCUCAUUGUUUUGCCCACACAUGAUGAGAAGUAGUAUGCUAUCAAAUACCUUGCCCAAAAAGAUAGGAAGGGUAAUUUGUGUGAAAACAGCUGGCAAAAAAAAUGUCAAUAUUAAUUUAGCUGAAAUAUUACAGAAAUUUCCUUUUUUGCUAGUAAUUUGACAAAUCCUACUUUACUUGACAUCAAGCCUGCGGAUAUAUUUACAUUUUGUGCAACCUAAGAUUCUGAAAAAUAAAAUAUGACUUAUAAUGAUAAGAAUUUUAUUUUGGUGAAUUUGCAUGACCUAUUUAAACCAAACAUGUACAUUCUCUGUUUAGGUUAACUGAAAAUUCCUCAACUUGACAAGUAUUUAUAAAUGCUUAUUAUUUUCAGACUGUUUUUAGGCUUUUUAUAAUUAUUAAAGGGAAAUGGGUUCUUUUCUCAGUAAUGAAUCUCAAGUUGAUUAGUUUUAGAUUAUAUAAAAAAUUGCACAGCAUUUGAUUAUACAUGUACUUGUGCAGUAUAGUGGGUAAUCUUACAUCAUAGGGGUAUAGAGCAAUAAAUGUUCAUCAGUUAAUAUAGACAUAGCUCAAAUAUAGGUAAAUAGACUACUCACAUUUCAUCUACAUUUUAUGCUUUAGCAAAUGUGAUGACCAGAUCCAUUAGGAAAUUGCAGUAUCAUUUGGGAGACUCUUUAUUUGAUGAGGCCAAAAGAAAAAAAUAAGUGUGUAUGUGGUUUUCCAAACCACUCUAUAUACAUAUACCUACAAGGCUGUAGCGUAAUGGAGGCAAAUGAGGCAAACGCCUCACUUUUAAAACGACGAUCAAACUUGAGAAACAUCUAUUUUCUGCAAAAUUUGGCAUUUUAAAUUAUCAAUAUGUGAGGUUCAAGCAAUACACCAUUAUCAUUUAUCACAGUGCUUUUCCAUUCGGCGGCAACGAUUAGAGCUUUAUCCACACAUUAGACAAUUUGCUCUCAUUAAAAAGUUGUGCAAUACGUGAACUGAUUAGAUGUUUUAAAAAAGUUGACAUACAUUUGACGAAUUUGUUGUGUGAAAUGAAGACAUUUAUGGAUUUCGUUUUGUACGACUGUUUGGAAAUUAUUCUUCAAAUUCCUUACUUGUAUCUAUUUUUUAAAGAAAAUGAAACAGAUUUGAAGACUUUCAUAUUAAGGAAACAUUUAAUCUGAAUUAAUUUGUACACAGGCAAUUGCAACCUACCUUUUGAAUAUAUAGAACAAGUUUGAAACCUCAAAUGUUUACUUAAAACAACUUGUUUGUUCGAACAAAUUCGCCUUCAUAUGUGUAAUCUACUUCCUUUGGAAAAUUCACCAAAAUGCAGGAAGGGGAUAUUUUAUUUCUUACACGAUUGCCUGACAGACAAAAGGAAGUAGAUAUUAUUUUAAUCAGGCCUGAGAAAUUGAAAAAAAAAUGUUUUUGAAAAGAUCACCUAUAUGAGGAAUACUGAUCUAAACAUUGAAUUAAAUGAUUUGUUACAAAGCUGUCGUAGUUUGCGCUUUUGAAUACAGCGUGUGUUAUGCAUACUGACAACAAAGCUGUACAUAGCGACACAGACAUCUCUUCUGUCGCUGAUUCGUCCGCGUCACACUUUGUUGAUCCGAAUCUCCUUUAAAACAGAUGAACGAAAUUCUAACAAAAUUAAACAGCAUUUGCUAAAGGACAUGCAGUUGUGCACUAGCUAUAGUUACUUUUGAUCUAAGUGAUCUUUAUGGGUUACCAUACCAAAACCAAAAGCAUAGACUUUGCCAGUUCUGCUAAAAAAUGAGAUGGCAGGCGACAUACAUCUUCUGCCUUCGGCUGUUGUCUGCUCUAUGGUCGGGUUGUUGUCUCUUUGACACAUUCCCCAUUUCCAUUCUCAAUUUUAUCUUACUUAGAAGACUCACAUAUUUUGUUCAGAAAACUAAAUCAUCUCUUAUUCAAUUUAUUACUCAAUUGCUAAUUUAUUCUUGCAAACCACAUACAGGUAGUCUUUUAUAAACAUUUACUUCAAAUAAUUUUUAUCACAUUGACCAGAAGGUUUAAAUUAACAGAAAGUCAUCGCCCCAAGCUAUAGAAUAUCGAAUAUCAACGUCUCUGCAAAUUCCUUCAUACAUGUAUC